AUGAGUGAGAAGUUUCCAAGCAUCAGGCACGUUAUUCUGGACGAGGUGCAGGCUUUUCAAAUUAAAGAUGGAUAUUGGCUAGGAAAAGCCAGAUGUCUUGUGCGAUAGCAUGCAAGCGAUUGUGAAAGUAAAUACAGUUCGUAUGAUCCCUUCGAUGCAAACUCUGAAACUGGUGCAGAGUGGUGCAGUGGCGGAGAUGAUGAUCCAGGCGAUUUGUGGGGUUUCAUAAACCAGAUCAAUCAUACAUUCAGAACAGGUAUACCAGGUCGUUUUCAGCAAACGCGUCGUCUCACAAGAGUGAUAAGAAACUCCAGACAAAUUUUCAAUUAUGCGAAACAAUUUCUCAAUGAUGUUAAUGGUAGGCGUCAGCUAUCAAUAGGCCAUGAUUUUGACGGACAGGUAGUACGUGUCGUAGCGUACCAAGAAGGACAACAGACCAAUAAGUUAAUUGAAGAACUUAAGUUGCUUUUUCUGCUUUUUGAAGAAGGUUACAGUAAAGGAGAUAUUGCCAUUCUGUUUGAGAAGGAUGAAUCUAUUCCUGCUACAACUAAGGCAGAAAUUUUUUUGCAGUUCGAUGUACUAGCUCUUGAUGCUAAGUUCAAUGAUAGCGAGUGUAUUGUUCUGGUCUAA